AUGAAACUGAGGUUCAUAACGGAUGUCUUGGCAGUGAAUGUAUAUGUUGUGCUCCUGGAAAUGAUACGUGUAGUGAGAAGCCGGUUUGUACAAAUAAAGGAGGUCAAUGCCAUCAAGGUAGCAGUUGUCCAAGUAAUGAAACUGAGGUUCAAAACGGAUGUCUUGGCAGUGAAUGUAUAUGUUGUGCUCCUGGAAAUGAUACGUGUAGUGAGAAGCCAGUUUGUACAAAUAAAGGAGGUCAAUGCCAUCAAGGUAGCAGUUGUCCAAAUAAGUGUAGUGAGAAGCCAGUUUGCACAAAUAAAGGAGGUCAAUGCCAUCAAGAUAGUAGUUGUCCAAGUAAUGAAACUGUGGUUCAAAACGGAUGUUUUGGUAGUGGAUGUAUAUGUUGUGCUCCUGGAAAUGAUACGUGUAGUGAGAAGCCGGUUUGUACAAAUAAAGGAGGUCAAUGUUAUCAAGGUAGCAGUUGUUCAAGUAAUGAAACUGAGGUUCAAAACGGGUGUCUUGGCAGUGAAUGUAUAUGUUGUGCUCCUGGAAAUGAUACGUGUAGUGAGAAGCCAGUUUGUACAAAUAAAGGAGGUCAAUGCCCAUCAAAGAAAAGUUUGUAUUACAGAUACGUGUAGUGAGAAGCCGGUUUGUACAGAUAUAGGAGGUCAAUGUUAUCAAGGUAGCAGUUGUCCAAGUAAUGAAACUGAGGUUGAAAACGGAUGCCUUGGCAGUGAAUGUAUAUGUUGUGCUCCUGGAAAUGAAUGCAAAGACUCGGGUGUGUGCUCGUAUAAAGGAGGAUACUGUAGCAAGAGCCAUUGUAAUUAUGAUACUGAAGAAGAAAUUGAACGAGGCUGUAGUGGUAUUAACUGUAGAUGCUGCGUUCGAAAGACAGUGUGUGAGAAGUUGCACCCAUGUAAAGAUGUAGGAGGUAAAUGCAUCAGUAAUGGUCAAUGUGGGGGAAAUGAGAGAGUUAUUGAACAUGGAUGUUCUGGAAAAGAUUGUGUGUGUUGUGCUCCUGGAGAUGAAUGCCAAGACUCCGGUAUCUGUUCCCUGAAAGGAGGAUACUGUAGCAAGAGUCAAUGUGAUCAUCAUUCAGAAGAAGAUAGUGAAGGAGGAUGUAACGGUCCUAACUGUAGAUGCUGUACUCCUAAACCAGGAUGCCAUGAUUCAGGUAUCUGUUCCCAAAAAGGGGGAUACUGUAGCAAGAGCCAAUGUGAUUAUUAUACAGAAAUAACGAUUAACGGGGCAUGUGAUGGUCCAGAUUGCAUAUGCUGUGCUCCUAAGCCAGAAUGCCAAGACUCGGGUAUGUGUUCCCAAAAAGGAGGGUACUGUAGGAAGAGCCAAUGUAAUUAUGAUUCAGAGGAAGAGAUUGAAGGAGGAUGUGGUCCAGAUUGUAGAUGCUGUGCUCUUAAGCCAGCAUGUGAGGAGUUGUACCCAUGCACAUAUGAGGGAGGCAGAUGCAGCACCAGUGGUUAUUGUAAAGAAGAUGAAAGAGUUAUUAAAGACGGAUGUUCUGGCAAAGGGUGUGUGUGUUGUGCUCCUGCUGAUGGAUGCCAGGCCUCGGGAAUGUGUUCCCAAAAUGGAGGAUACUGUACCAAUAGCCAAUGUAAUUAUGAUUCAGAAGAAGAAUUAGACAGAGCCUGUAAUGGUCGUAACUGUAGAUGCUGCGUUCCAAAGAAAGAAUGCACCACCAUGAAUAUAUGCCUCCAGAAUGAAGGAUAUUGCAGUAGGGGUCAAUGCAAUCCUUCUACAGAAACAGAAAUUAUUUAUGGCUGUGAUGGUCUAGGAUGUAAAUGCUGUGCACCUUUGAAAGGAUGCCAAGACUCGGGAAUGUGUUCCCAAAAUGGAGGAUACUGUACCAAGAGCCAGUGUAAUUAUGAUUCAGAAGAAGAAAUUGACGGAGGCUGUAAUGGUCGUAACUGUAGAUGCUGCGUUCCAAAGAAAGAAUGCACCACCAAGAAUAUAUGCCUCCAGAAUGAAGGAUAUUGCAGCAGGGGUCAGUGCAGUCCUUCUACAGAAAUAGAGAUUAUUAAUGGCUGUGGUGGUCUAGGAUGUAAAUGCUGUGCACCUUUGAAAGGAUGCCAAGACUCGGGAAUGUGUUCCCAAAAUGGAGGAUACUGUACCAAGAGCCAGUGUAAUUAUGAUUCAGAAGAAAAAAUUGAUGGAGGCUGUAAUGGUCGUAACUGUAGGUGCUGCAUUCCAAAGAAAGAAUGCACCAACAAGAAUAUAUGCCUCCAGAAUGAAGGAUAUUGCAACAGGGGUCAGUGCAAUCCUUCGACAGAAAUAGAGAUUAUUAAUGGCUGUGAUGGUCUAGGUUGUAAAUGCUGUGCACCUCUGAAAGAAUGCAAAGACUCGGGUGUGUGCUCGUAUAAAGGAGGAUACUGCAGCAAGAGCCACUGUAAUUAUGAUACUGAAGAAGAAAUUGAACGAGGUUGUAGUGGUCCUAACUGUAGAUGCUGCGUUCCAAAGCCAGAGUGUGAGAAGUUGCACCCAUGUAAAGAUGCAGGAGGUAAAUGCAUCAGUAGCGGUCAAUGUGGGGGAAAUGAGAGAGUUAUUGAACAUGGAUGUUCUGGGAAAGAUUGCGUGUGUUGUGCUCCUGGAGAUGAAUGCCAAGACUCCGGUAUCUGUUCCCCUGAAAGGAGAUACUGUAGCAAGAGUCAAUGUGAUCAUCAUUCAGAAGAAGAUAGUGAAGGAGGUGAUGCCAUGAUUCAGAAUGCCAAGACUCAGGUAUGUGUUCCCAAAAAGGAGGAUACUGUAGCAAGAGCCAAUGUAAUUAUGAUUCAGAGGAAGAGAUUGAAGGAGGAUGUGGUCCAGAUUGUAGAUGCUGUGCUCCUAAGCCAGGUUUGGAUUUCCUUUACAGCAUGUGAGGAGUUGUACCCAUGCACAUAUGAGGGAGGCAAAUGCAGCAGCAGCGGUUAUUGUAAAGAAGAUGAAAGAGCUAUUGAAUACGGAUGUUCUGGCAAAGGGUGUGUGUGUUGUGCUCCUGCUGAUGGAUGUUAUGACUCGGGUAUCUGUUCCCAAAAAGGAGGGUACUGUAGCAAGAGCCGGUGCAAAUAUGAUUCAGAAGAAGAAAUUGACGGAGGCUGUAAUGGUCGUAACUGUAGAUGCUGCGUUCCAAAGCAAGAAUGCACCACCAAGAACAUAUGCCUCCAGAAUGAAGGAUAUUGCAGUGGGGGUCAGUGCAAUCCUUCUACAGAAAUAGAGAUUAUUAAUGGCUGUGAUGGUCUAGGAUGCAAAUGCUGUGCACCUUUGAAAGAAUGUAAAGACUCAGGUGUGUGCUUGCAAAAUGGAGGAUACUGUAGCAAGAGCCAGUGCAAUUAUGAUUCAGAAGAAGAAAUUGAUGGAGGCUGUAAUGGUCCUAACUGUAGAUGCUGUGUUCCAAUGCAAGAGUGUGAGAAGUUGCACCCAUGCAAAGAUGCAGGAGGUAAAUGCAUCAGUAAUGGUCAAUGUGGGGGAAAUGAGAGAGUUAUUGAAUAUGGAUGUUCUGGAAAAGAUUGCAUGUGUUGUGCUCCUGGAGAUGAAUGCCAAGACUCCGGUAUCUGUUCCCUGAAAGGAGGAUACUGUAGCAACAGUCAAUGUGAUCAUCAUUCAGAAGAAGAUAGUGAAGGAGGAUGUAACGGUCCUAACUGUAGAUGCUGUACUCCUAAACCAGAAUGCCAAGACUCAGGUAUGUGUUCCCAAAAAGGAGGAUACUGUAGGAAGAGACAAUGUAAUUAUGAUUCAGAGGAAGAGAUUGAAGGAGGAUGUGGUCCAGAUUGUAGAUGCUGUGCUCCUAAGCCAGUGUGUGAGGAGUUGUACCCAUGCACAUAUGAGGGAGGCAAAUGCAGCAACAGCGGUUAUUGUAAAGAAGAUGAAAGAGCUAUUGAAGACGGAUGUUCUGGCGAAGGGUGUGUGUGUUGUGCUCCUAACAUGGAAUGCCAAGACUCAAGUAUGUGUUCCCAAAAAGGAGGAUACUGUAGCAAGAGCCAAUGUAAUUAUGAUUCAGAGGAAGAGAUUGAAGGAGGAUGUGGUCCAGAUUGUAGAUGCUGUGCUCCUAAGCCAGCAUGUGAGGAGUUGUACCCAUGCACUUAUGAGGGAGGCAAAUGCAGCAGCAGCGGUUAUUGUAAAGAAGAUGAGAGAGUUAUCAAAGACGGAUGUUCUGGCAAAGGGUGUGUGUGUUGUGCUCCUGACAAAGAAUGCCAAGACUCAGGUAUGUGUUCCCAAAAAGGAGGAUACUGUAGCAACAGCCAAUGUAAUUAUGAUUUAGAGGAAGAGAUUGAAGGAGGAUGUGGUCCAGAUUGUAGAUGCUGUGCUCCUAAGCCAGUGUGUGAGGAGUUGUACCCAUGCACAUAUGAGGGAGGCAAAUGCAACAGCAGCGGUUAUUGUAAAGAAGAUGAAAGAGUUAUCAAAGACGGAUGUUCUGGCAAAGGGUGUGUGUGUUGUGCUCCUGACAAGGUGUGUGAGGAGUUGUAUCUAUGCACAUAUGAGGGAGGCAAAUGCAGCAGCAGCAGUUAUUGUAAAGAAGAGGAAAGAAUUAUCAAAGACGGAUGUUCUGGCAAAGGGUGUGUGUGUUGUGCUCCUGCUGAUGUGUGUGAGGAGUUGUACCCAUGCACAUAUGAGGGAGGCAAAUGCAGCAGCAGUGGUUAUUGUAAAGAUGAUGAAAGGGUUAUUGAAGACGGAUGUUCUGGCAAAGGGUGUGUGUGUUGUGCUCCUGCCAAGGGGUGCCAUGACUCGGUUAUCUGUUCCCAAAGUAAAGGAUACUGUACCAAGAGCCAAUGCAAAUAUGAUACAGAAGUAGAGAUUGAAUGGGGGUGUGGCAAUUCUGAUUGUAGAUGCUGUGCUCCUAAACCAGUGUGUGUGGAAUUGGAAAUAUGCACAUAUUCUGGAGGUAAAUGUAGCAGCAGGAGUUAUUGUAUGGAAAAUGAAAAAGUAAUUGCAGAUGGAUGUUCUGGCACAGGGUGUGUGUGUUGUGCUCCUGUUGAUGCCUGUCCGUCAUCAUCUGACUGCUUGGGAGCUGGUGGGACUUGCAGGAAGAGUGAAUGUUCUUCAAAUGAAGAGGAAACUGACAUAUACUGCUCUGGACAAGACUGCAAAUGCUGUGUGCCUAAUAAAUCCUGUACAUCUACCACAAAAUGUACUAAGAAAGGUGGUUUUUGUGGGAGCAAAGAACAGUGUCAAAACGGUCAAUUUUUAGAGAUAUAUUGUGAAAAAGGCUGUGGAUGCUGCAUCAAAAACGGUCCAUCGGAAUGUAAACCCAAAUCACAAUGUAAGAAAAUACAAGGAAAAUGCAAGUCUAAGUGUAAAAGCAAUGAAAAGGAGUUACCCAAAGGAUGCAAAGGCAAUAACUGUAAAUGUUGCUACAAAGCAUUAACUUGCCCAUCAUCUAUUAAAUGUACCAAGAAGGGUGGAUACUGCUGUGAUAAAGGAAGCUGCAAGGAUGGUAAUUUUAAGAAUAAAUACUGCAAAGGUGGCAAAGGAUGUGGUUGUUGUAUAACUGGAGGACCACCAUCAUGCAGCCCUAAGAAAAAAUGCUCAAAAAGAGGAGGCGUAUGUAAAUCACAUUGUAGUAAAGAUGAAACUGAAUUUAGCAAAGGUUGUAAAGGGAAUUGCAAGUGCUGCAUCAAACAGAAAGGUGUUUGUCCGAUUACAAAUAAAUGCAAGAAGAGAGGAGGUACUUGUUGCCAGAGUCAUCAAUGCUCAGGUGGAGAUUUCAUGGAACACUUGUGCGAUCCUGGGUGUGGCUGUUGCUUGGGUGAAGUCCGGUACGAUGACGAUAACAAGGGAAGUGCGACAAAUACUACUGAAAAAGCUUCUUUACAAAUGAAGGAAAACAAAAUGAAUGACAAAGGCCAGAAAAAUGGAAAAAUUGUAGGAAAUGAAGCAGCAGGGAGAAGAGGUAAAAAACAGGGGCUUGAAGGUAAAAAGAAGGGACCUGAAGGCAAAAAGGAGGGCCUUAAAAGCAAAGGGAAGGAUCUUGGACAAAAAAAGAAGGGCCUUAAAAACAAAAGGAAGGAUCUUGGACAAAAAAAGAAGGGCCUUAAAGGCAAAAGGAAAGGUCUUGGAGGAAAAAAAAAGAGCCUUAAAAAUAUAAGGAAGGGUCUUGGAGGAAAAAAGAAGGAUCUUGGAGGAAAAAGUAAGGGCCCUGAGGGCAAAAAGAAGGGCCUUAAUGGGAAAAAAACUUACCUAAAUGGCAAAAAGGGUCUCAAAGUCAAAAAGAAGGGCCUCAAAGGGAAAAAGAAGGGCCUUAAGGGCAAAAAGAAAAACCAGGAAGGCAAAACGGUUAUCAAGAGUGAAAAGGAGGUUCCUAAAGGUAAGGAGCAUGGCACCAGUGGUAAAAAUAAACGCACAAAUGGUCAAAAGAAGGGUGCAACUGGUAAAAGGAAGAGUGCAACUGGUAAAAGGAAGAAUGCAACUGGUAAAAGGAAGAGUGCAACUGGUAAAAGGAAGAGUGCAACUGGUAAAAGGAAAGGUGCUACUGGUAAAAGGAAAGGUGCUACUGGUAAAAGGAAAGGUGCUACUGGUAAAAGGAAAAGGAAAGGUGCUACUGGUAAAAAGAACAACAUUCGAGGUAAAAAAAAUAACCUUGAAGGUCCAAAGGAAAAAGGAAAAAUUGAAACAAAGGUAAUCAAUGAUAAGAUGGUAAAGAAAAAUGCUACACCUUCACCAUGAUUUCGUUUAACUUAAUUAGAGGCAAAAAGAAGGUGGAAAAGAAGGAAAUAAAAAGCUGACACAAGUGCGGGGAGGAAUAACUUAGACAGGAGAGCUAAAUGAUCGAAAAGAAAAAUUUGCUAUCUCUUCUUAGUAAUAACUGCACGACUAAGACUACAUCAAAGAACAGUGAAUCUUCCCCUCAUUAAAGCCUUAGUAUUAGCUGAAUCGAGUAAAAUACUUGUUAUAUUUGUUUUAAUAUGCCGUACAUAUGGUACUGUUUUACUCUGGUCGGUUAUCUCUCAUAAUAUUUUUGUUGACAGUUUUAUAAUGGUAAUUCUUGUCUGUUGAAGUGUGAUGUGUAUUUAUUUUAUUUGUUAAUUUAAUCUUUUUUGUUAUAGUGUGAGUAGUUUAUUAAAUGCAU